GCACCCUCUGGCAGAAUGGCCACAGCGGUGACAGGAACAGGAAAUACAGUGGUGAUAAUGGUCGGCUAUCCAAAAGGAAUAGAGAUAUUGGAGCCAGUACGAAGAGGGAUUCCAGUAAAAAUGACUAUUGUUGUUGGCACACGACACGUGCAGGAAUAUAUUAGUGGUCAGUCGGUUGUGUUUGUAGCCAUCGCUUUCAUCACCAUGAUGAUUAUAUCGCUUGCUUGGCUCAUAUUUUACUAUAUACAACGUUUCCUGUAUACAGGAUCACAAUUUGGAAACCAGGGACAUAGGAAAGAAACCAAGAAAGCAAUCAGCCAGCUUCAGCUGCAUACUGUGAAACGUGGAGAAAAGGGUUUAGAUGUUGAUGUGGAAAACUGUGCUGUGUGCAUUGAGAACUAUAAACUGAAAGACACUGUCCGAAUUCUGCCAUGCAAGCACAUCUUUCAUAGAACGUGCAUUGACCCUUGGCUUUUGGACCACCGAACUUGUCCAAUGUGUAAACUAGAUGUUAUCAAAGCUUUGGGAUACUGGCACCAGAAAAGAGAGAUGAAGACACAUGCGGGGGACCCUGAAGAUGUACUUGAAGUUCCAAUCCCUGAAUCACUAAGUGGCAGUGUUUCAGUUGGAAGUCUGAGUAUUGCUCUACAAGAUGACGACAGAAAUGAAGUAAGCGAAUUGUCAGCUUCCUCCACCAAUGAAUCUGUAUUGCAAUGUACCAGUUUAAAAGAGGACGCGGGUGAAACCACAGCAUUACUUGAUGUGGAUAUCAGUAAUAAUCGGCAUGGAGAACAUCUAUCUAAUGGAAAUUCCCACUGAACUGCUUCAUGGAAGAUAUCUUGAAUAGACUGUUGAAGAACUAUUAUUUUUUAUUUAAUUAGUAUGGACUUUUGUCUAGUUAAUGGAAAAAAUAACAAUGUAAAUUAUUUUACCUUUCAAACUUUUCUAGCUGGUGUUCCAAAAGGGCUAAUAAUUAAGAAUUUUGUACACAGGAGGAUUUUAUAAAUCUCCUCUGGAUGUCUCAUCCUAAAAGAAGAUGCAAUAACCCUUUUUCUGUAAGCAUUGUUACAAUGUCAUUGUGUUCCAGAGGGCUGUAACAAAGAUGAAGACUAGGCAGUGAAAACAAUGUAGAAUGUCUAACAGAUAAAUAUUUUGGAUGCACUAUUUACAUUCAGUAUGUACACAUGGAGAACACUUACAAGACUGCAGCUAUUAAAAUAUUCUGAAAGUUCUGACCUGUUGUAAUUGGAGAUGAAUUCUUAGAAAAGAUAAUCUAACCUUGAAGGAAUCAAAUAACUUAAUGGAUAAGUUGCAUAUCCUCUUUUUGUAAUAAAAAAAUCACUACUUGCAACUUUCCUUACAUGUAACAAAUACUAAUUUGAUCUUGUAAUGUGUUCUACUCGGAGUGGAUGCUGAGAGAAAAGAGUUUCUCCAUCUUGCUAGCUUUUCAUACUGAAUUUGGCAGUAAUAGGUUGUGCUAGGUGGUCUUCACGUGCUGAGCAUGUAGACUUAUUUAGGUAUAUGCACACUGGUUACCUCUUUCAAUCUUAAACUCAGUAGAACAGAGGUAAAGGGCUAAUUACGGCUAAAAUAUAUAUUUAUUAGUCUAUUUAUAAGAAUUUACUUAAUUCCUUCUUACUCCUGUUCCCAUCCUGUCCCACUUCGUUAUGUACAAAUUGAAACUGUUUUUUAGGAUCUACAAAGGUUGAGUUUUGGUUUUUCUUUUUUUCCCCUUUGCAUAGAGAUGCUGGAAUUCUUCACUUAGAUAUUCCACAUUAGGAGUUUUGACUGGGUUUGUCAUUAGCUUCUAUUCCUUUCUUUUAGAUUAGCAGUAAUGUGCCUUAUAGUAAAACACUUAAGAAACCUGAAGCAUCUGAGAGUAAAUAUAAACCCUGGCAUCUCCCAUUAUGACCUCUUAUUCAAAUAUUUAUAUACUGUAAGUGGUAUAAGGAAUUGCUAAACUGUUUUGUAAAGAAAUAUGUAUAUUUAAAACACUACUUAAGAGUGUUAAGUGAGUUGUUUAGGAUUUUAGCAUUGUCAUGUUACAAAUAAUAUGCUACAUUCCUCAAUUUUCUUUUGUAAAGCUGUUACUACAGAUUGCUUAAAACAGUGUCUUGUACUAGACAUUUGUUUUAGAGUGCGUUUUGUUUUUAAAAUGUAUAUUUGGAAUGUUUUUAAGAAAAUAUGCAAUUCUUUUUCUAACUUAUAUUGAGCUUCAAUAGAAGCAAUAACUUUUUUUAAUUUUAGAAUGAAUGUUCCAGAAAUGAUAGAGGUUUCAGCUGGGGAAAUAUAAUCUGAACUUCUACGUUGCAGAGCAGAUGUUUCACCCUAAAUUUCCUUCAAAAAAUUCCUAUUUAUGCCUACUUUAUAAAACAAAAAAAUCUGCCUCUUCCCUGUAG